GGUUGCCGCUGAGCCGGAAGUCUUUCAGUCCCGGCAAAUUUCGGUCCACCGCUGAUAAUCAUCCGGCCAAACAUCUAAAGGAAUCAUCAUGGCCGUGCCUGCUGGAAGAUCUGUGGUCUUCGUGACUGGAAACGCAAAGAAACUGGAGGAGGUCAUUCAGAUCCUGGGAGACAAAUUUCCCUACAAGCUAGUGUCCAAGAAGAUUGACUUACCCGAGUACCAAGGAGAGCCAGAUGAGAUUUCUAUACAGAAGUGUAACGAGGCAGCACGGCAGAUCGAUGGGCCGGUGAUAGUGGAAGACACCUGUCUGUGUUUCAGGGCCCUGGGAGGGCUGCCUGGCCCCUACAUAAAAUGGUUCCUGGACAAACUGAAACCAGAAGGCUUGUUUAAGCUGCUGGCUGGAUUUGAAGACAAAUCAGCCUGGGCUCUCUGCACUUUUGCUUUCUCUGCUGGGAAAGACCAACCGGUGAAGCUCUUCAGAGGGAUAACAGAGGGGUGCAUCGUUGAACCCAGAGGUCCUCGAGAUUUUGGAUGGGAUCCCUGUUUCCAACCAGAUGGAUAUGACAAAACCUAUGCUGAGUUGCCCAAAGAAGUAAAGAACUCAAUCUCUCACCGCUACCGGGCCCUGGCUGCCAUGUCUGAGCACUUCUCUCAGUCCAACGGUGACGCACCACAGAAUAAAAAAGCAAAGGAAGAAGAGAAUUAACCAGUCAGCCUCAACCGACCAGACAGGUUCUGGAGCAAAACCGCCAAUCACCAGAUUGAAGAAUGUCAAAAAUGCCUUUCAUUUUUGACACGUUUGUUCUGGGAUUGGUUGGAGUGUGACUUUUAUAAACUCGGAGAAAAACCUGGAUUUUUGGUCAUAACUUGUACGUGGUGGGUCUACUCUGCAAAAGGUGCUGUAUAGUGUCUUCCACCCUCUGUUUUUAAUAAACUUUUUGUUAAUUAUAACCAAAUCA